AUGAGCCGCAAUAUUAUCAGAACUUUCCAAACAUCUUCCGCAGCCGCCAUCCAGCAUAUUGGCGCUGAGCUCGCCCAAGUGAGGAGCUUGAAUGGUGCUAAUGGCAACCGUUGGACAGAACUCGACGCAAAUGGAUCCCAGAAUCAUUUUUGCGGAUAUUUAGUAAGCGACCUAGUACCCCUAUUAUCUCAUUGUCGCUCUCAAACUAAGAUAUCUUGUAGGGGGGCAAAAGCCCAUGUCUCCUCCAAGGACAGGAGCGACCCGGAGCAAGUGAUCACUGUAGGAUUGAAGACACAGGGGGGUGUGCGUGUUGGAACACUGCAUGUACACCUGAGCGGUUCCUUCAAGUCUUUUCCAUCCCGUGCUGGCAGAGAGGGGGGAUACGACCACAAAAUUGCGCAGGCUAAUAUCCCCGGCUACCUCGCUGGCGAAAAUGACCCCUGGGAAAAGGCCUCUCCUGCACCUGCGAAGAAGUAA